UAAUUUCUGAUAAGAGUUCCGAAUCGUAGGCAGCCAAUGAAACUCUGUCAAUCAAAUUUAGAGUCGAUGGAUCCUCUUUUUCUCGAGCUAUCACGCGGCUAUGGACAGCGCCGCGAAUAAGAUCGAUGUUGAAACCACAGCCGGAACAGAGGACGAAGCGGAACCAUCUCUAACACGAGGCCGGGACGAGGAUGAUGUGGAGCUAUCGCGCGAAUCAGUACUCUUCGGGCGGGGACGCCGGAGCUACUGGCUCAGCCUGUACGGCUUUGAUUCCGCCGAGGCCGUCCGCAUCUUGUACAUUUUCAUGCGCUUCUGCCACCUCACCGCCAUCCAUCAGCUGCCGCACGGCAUCGAGCUGAGGUUCGCCUCCUCGGAGCACCUCCAAAGGGGGCGUCUGCUCGCCCAGCGGCUCGUGGUGAGCCAGUUCCAGCUGCGGUGGCGAAUGGGUCGCAUGCCACGCCCACAUCCCGACGAUACUCCGCACCAGCAGCAGCAGCACCAGCAGCAGCAUGAAGAUGGGAGUGCGGUACAUAAUCUCGCAGCGGAGGGCUUGGGCGUACUGGGAAGGCUGCGUCGGGCAUUUGCCAACUACUUUCAUGGGUCAUGGGGACGGGGUCACGGUAGUCGAUGAGUGCUACGAUGGUGCUCAAUGAGGUCCAAAGAUAAAAGCCGUAUACUCGUCUGUACGCAUGGUUGGCCUAUAAAUAAAAAGUACAGUUUCUUCAA